GCCUUCAUGACCUUGACUCUGUUUCCUAUCCGACUCUUUUUUGCUGCUUUUAUGAUGUUGCUGGCCUGGCCUUUUGCAUUCAUUGCUUCAAUGGGAUCUGACGAACAAGAGCUUGAAAAGCCCCUCUCCUGGUGGCGAAAGAUAGUGGAUAUUUUGCUGAAAGCAAUCAUGAGAAUGAUGUGGCUUGCUGGCGGAUUCCACUGGAUAAAUGUAAAAGGCAGACGGGCAUUGCCAUCAGAAGCAGCAAUAUUAACUGUGGCUCCCCAUUCUUCCUACUUUGAUGCCAUUCCAGUAACUAUGACCUUCGCCUCCAUUGUGAUGAAAGCAGAAAGCAAAGACAUUCCUGUUUGGGGAACUCUAAUCAAAUACAUCCGACCAGUUUUUGUAUCUCGGUCAGACCAGGAUUCUCGCAGGAAAACUGUUGAAGAGAUAAAGAGACGUGCUCAGUCUGAUGGUAAAUGGCCACAGAUAAUGAUAUUCCCAGAGGGCACUUGCACAAACCGCUCCUGUCUAAUUACAUUCAAGCCUGGAGCAUUUAUUCCUGGAGUUCCUGUACAGCCAGUGGUUUUACGUUAUCCAAACAAACUGGAUACAAUCACAUGGACAUGGCAAGGACCAGGAGCGUUAGAAAUUCUGUGGCUUACUUUGUGUCAGUUUCACAAUUCUGUGGAAAUUGAGUUUCUACCCGUGUAUAUUCCUUCAGAAGAAGAAAGAAAAAAUCCAGUGUUAUAUGCCAAUAACGUCAGACGUGUAAUGGCAGAGGCGUUGGGAGUUUCAGUGACAGACUAUACAUUUGAAGACUGUCAGCUAGCUUUGGCUGAAGGACAACUUCGUCUGCCUUCAGACACAUGUCUUUUAGAAUUUGCAAAGCUUGUGAGAAGCCUUGGGCUGAAGCCAGAAACACUUGAAGAUGAUCUUGAUAAAUAUGCUGCAAGUGCCAUGAAAAUGAAAAAAGAAAAGGUGGAUCUUAAAGAAUUUUCAGCAUACUUGGAAUUUCCAGUUUCUCACACAUUAGAAAGUAUGUUUGCGCUCUUCGAUGAGAAUGAAGAUGGCAUAAUUGACAUUCGGGAGUUUGUCAUUGCUCUGUCAGUUGUCUGUAAGCCAUCCAAAACUCUGGAAACAAUUCAGUUGGCAUUUCAGCUGUACCAGUCAGAAAAUGGAACUAUAACAGAAGAAGAUUUAGCUCAUAUUCUGAAGACUGCCAUGGGUGUGUCACAGAUCAAUGUUACACAUCUUUUUAGAGCUGUAGAUGAAGAAGAAAAAGGAGAGAUUACAUAUGAUGACUUCUACAGAUUUGCUGAAUUGCACCCACACUUUGCAGAAGACUAUCUCUAUGCUGAUCAGAUGGGAGCCCAGAGUGGCUUGGAGACUUCAUCUGUUUCUGCUCCUAAUGGUAUCUGUACUGACUUCAGCCCUGAAAACACUGAAGAUAAAAACAAGCCUCUGCAGAAGAAACGGAAUUAACACUACAACUGUUACCUUCCUCUCCUGGUGAGAGGAUUGUCUUUUCUUGGGAUUUUCAUAAGUCACUCCAAUUAUAAAGCAAAUACCAGUUUUGUG